UUUUUGCCAAAAGUGCGAGCGCAACACAGGCGACAUACCUUCAUUCAUUCUUCCUAUUUUUGUUGAGUUUUCAUUUCGAAAGUUUUAUGAUUUCAUUAAUGUUAGCGAUUGUAAAAAUCGUUCAAUUAAUUGAAUGACAAAGUGAAACAAAUAAGUAAGCUUCGCUGGUGUAAAACAACUAGGGAGUGAAAAAAUAAAGGCAAAACUCAAAGCGAAAAGUAACCGCCUUUGUCAAUUCCACGCCAUUCGUUCGUUAGUACAAACGAACGACUCGUCAUUUGUGGCUUUUUGCGUUUUUAUUCUUCUGUUUACGGCUUUUUCGCCGCUCGUCCAUUUACGCAGUGUCAGAAAGACUAUCGGAAUUUUUUUAUUUGUCGAGUUAUUUCUGGCCAAAUUGCAUUAUUAUCAACGGUUUUUCUUCAAGGAUUCAUAAAUCAAAUUAUUUCCGCACUGACUCUGUUGCCUAUACAAAGCUGAAUUGAUUUGUGCUGACCAGAGCGGAGGAGCCACAUACCAAAAUGUCGCGCAAAUCGCUAAAUGUACGCGUCACCACCAUGGACGCUGAGCUGGAGUUUGCCAUACAACACACGACCACCGGCAAGCAGCUCUUCGACCAGGUCGUCAAAACGAUCGGCCUGCGUGAGGUCUGGUUCUUUGGCCUGCAGUACACCGAUUCAAAGGGUGAUUCCACAUGGAUUAAACUUUACAAAAAGGUUUUGAAUCAGGACGUGAAGAAGGAGAAUCCUCUGCAGUUCAGAUUCCGCGCCAAAUUCUACCCGGAAGAUGUCGCCGAGGAGCUCAUUCAAGACAUUACACUGCGCCUGUUCUAUUUGCAAGUGAAGAAUGCCAUACUAUCCGACGAAAUCUACUGUCCCCCGGAAACGUCCGUGCUGCUCGCCUCUUACGCCGUUCAAGCGCGUCACGGCGACUACAACAAGAGCAUGCACACAGCCGGCUUUUUGGCCAACGACCGCCUAUUGCCGCAACGUGUCAUCGACCAACACAAAAUGUCCAAGGAUGAGUGGGAGCAGUCGAUUAUGAAUUGGUGGAAGGAGCAUCGCGGCAUGUUGCGCGAGGACGCCAUGAUGGAGUACUUGAAGAUCGCACAGGAUCUCGAGAUGUAUGGCGUAAAUUACUUCGAAAUCCGCAACAAGAAGGGCACCGACCUGUGGUUGGGUGUGGACGCACUUGGCCUGAAUAUCUACGAGCAGGACGACAAGUUGACGCCGAAAAUCGGUUUCCCUUGGUCGGAAAUCCGUAAUAUUUCAUUUUCGGACAAAAAGUUCAUUAUCAAGCCAAUCGAUAAGAAAGCGCCCGACUUUGUCUUCUUUGCGCCGCGUGUACGCAUCAACAAACGAAUCCUGGCCUUGUGCAUGGGCAACCACGAACUGUACAUGAGACGUCGCAAGCCCGACACAAUCGAUGUGCAGCAGAUGAAGGCGCAGGCACGCGAGGAGAAGAAUGCCAAGCAGCAAGAACGGGAGAAGUUGCAGUUGGCACUAGCGGCACGCGAACGUGCAGAGAAGAAGCAGCAAGAGUACGAGGAUCGUCUGAAGCAGAUGCAAGAAGAAAUGGAGCGCUCUCAGAAGGACCUGCUGGAAGCACAGGAGAUGAUUCGCCGUCUGGAAGAGCAAUUACGUCAAUUGCAGGCAGCCAAGGACGAAUUGGAGCUGCGCCAGAAAGAACUGCAAGCAAUGUUGCAGCGCCUUGAGGAGGCCAAGAAUAUGGAGGCAGCUGAGAAGGCCAAGCUGGAGGAGGAGAUCAUGACCAAACAAAUGGAAGUACAACGCAUUCAGGACGAGGUGAACGCCAAGGAUGAAGAGACCAAACGUCUACAAGACGAAGUGGAAGAAGCCAGACGCAAGCAGGCGGAAGCUGCUGCAGCGCUCUUGGCCGCGUCAACGACACCCCAACAUCACCAUGUGGCCGAAGAUGAGAACGAGAAUGAGGAGGAGCUGACGAAUGGUGACGGUGGCGGCGAUGUUUCACGCGAUCUGGAUACAGAUGAACAUAUCAAGGACCCCAUCGAGGACAGACGCACACUGGCCGAGCGCAACGAGCGCCUGCAUGAUCAGUUGAAGGCUCUGAAACAAGACUUGGCACAAUCACGUGACGAAACGAAAGAAACGCAAAACGAUAAGAUCCAUCGGGAGAACGUGCGUCAAGGUCGCGACAAAUACAAGACAUUGCGCGAAAUCCGUAAGGGCAACACAAAGCGUCGCGUGGACCAAUUUGAAAAUAUGUAAAUUGGUGAGUGGGAGCUUGGUGCGCACUGGCCGAGGAUGACUGGUAUGGUACUAUGAUGUCCAGCCAGUCCUUUGUAUAGAACAACAAGAUCAACAGCAGCGGCUAUUUCAACAAUAAAAACAACAACAACAAUUCCCAGCAAGCAAUCAACCAACUAACGAAAAACACACCUCCGUUCGAUCGGCCGUAUGCAAGUCGAUCAUUAUUUAAAUGAAAGCAUUACUAUUUACGAAUUAAGAAUUGAAAUUUGAUACACUUUUGAUAAGAUAAAGUCUUCGAUGUCGCAAAGUAGAUAAAAUACCCUAAAGAAGAACAUAAAACAAAAACAAAAAUGAUAAUGAAAAAUGAAAAAAACGCUUACAAUUCAAAUUCGUAGAAACAAUCAAAUGCAUUUUCUUUCCUUUUUGAAUAAAAGUACAUAAAUCUAAUGGCAAACAAGAAAAAAAACAAAAA